AUGUCCAUCAAAGAUCGUCUUGCAAGGAUCAGACUCGAUCCCUUUCCUCAGUUGACCCAUGUCUUUGGCGAAUACCUUUGCAAGCCCCGUUUGGUCAUUCUAACUGCCAUCCUCACCAAGAUCUGCCUUGAUCGCCUUUAUCAAUAUUCAGCGAUUGUCAAUCCUAAUGGGCAAUUGGAUGCAGAGGGCAAGCCUACAUUGGAUAUUCUCGAGUAUCACCAUCCAAGCACAGCGGAUGACAUCUACAGCUUCCUUGCAGGUUAUGGAGCCAAGGGUCGUGAGGCGUACUUGUCCUUGUUGUUUUACGACAAUGCAUUCUUGUUGUGUCGUACAUUGCCAUUGUGCUUGUUGACGUAUAUGGGAUUUAAAAAAGCACCACAAUGGAUUCGACCUGGUGUAUGGAUUCAUCUUCUCACUACUGCUUGGGAUCUUGGAGAAAACGCAUUGCUUUAUAUCAUCCUCAAGACUUAUCCUCGUCGUCUCGACUUUGUUGCAUGGCUUGCUACUGGAUUUAUUCAAGGCAAAUGGGUGCUAUUCUGGGCUACCAUCUUCCUUAUCUUUGUAUCAGUGGGAUCAGCCAUUUACUACACGUUCCAUUCAAUGCUAGCUGACUCGGUGAUGGUGCUACAGAAUGAUAAAAAAGACAAGGAAAAUGCUCGUCGUCAUGUGGAUGCUGUGCUUAAACGCCAACGCGCUCUUGCUGCUGCAUCAGCCGCCGGAAAGAAGAAGCAAUCUUGA